AUGGCUGACUCAACCAAAGCGUGUGAAGAGCGCUUCCUCCAGGUUCGAGAAGCCAGUCUCCGCCAGUGGUUCUCUGAAACACGGUCCAACGACUUAAACACUCGACUCACCGCUCAAGACCGGCUGCAUGUAUUGCUUAUCAUAAGGAAACACCGUGGAAAGCUUGCGAAGCUGGAAGAACAAAAGACGCGUACAAACGGAUAUGGGGCUCAGACUGCGACUGAGAGGUGGGCACAGAUACUGAGAGGCGAGAAGACUUUCACAGGUGCAGACGUCGAACAGUGGGCGGGCAGAUGGAAGACCAAAAUGACGUUGCAAAAGCUUCUGAUGAACGAGCAGCGUACGACACACCAGCGGACUUUCAUUGCACGUCACAGUUGGGACCCUCAGUCACAGAUCCCUCACAAGAUCGUUUCCACCGCAUUCGAGAUGACAAACUCCGAACGUGCAAACGACUACAACUCCCAACGCAACAUACGCACUUACCGUAUCUAUCUGGGAGACUGCAAGGAGCGUUGCAAUACCUGCAAGCGGAAUAACGAUAAGGCUGGCGCGACCACGGCGCAACAGGACAUCUACAGAGUCAACGGGGAGGAUCCAGUAUACCUGCCUAAGCAUGAGAGAGGGACAAGAAUUGUCCAGAAGGCAAAAUGUUACGCUGCUGAGGCAGUGGGAGGAAGACACGCCGACUGA